AAGAUUUUCCCUCUGCAAACGCGGUCGCAGGUCAUUUCAUCAUUAUGGAGAGAGACGCCGAUGUUCUUGGAAAAUAUAGAACAGUGUCAAAUAAAUUGAAAAAGAGAUUUCUUAAAAGACCAAAUGUUGCUGAGGGUUGUGAACAAUAUGGUGCCCUAGCAAAGUCAUUAAAACACCAGGAAUGUCCACAGUAUGCUGCAUUUUGUCACCUUGCUCAGGCCAGAUGUGAACAUACCCUUGUGAAUGCGGCGGGUGAGACUCAAGCCUUGGUGAAUGCUGCCAGGGAGUUUAUCAAGGCGGAGGAAGAUAAUGUCGGAAUAAAAUGUCUGAGUUUUCAGGAGCAUCUGACAGCUGCUAUCAACUGCUACAGUCAUGCUAUUAGAGUUCAUAUUGAGAAUAAGAAUAUGUCAUUGGCUGCUGCCUUGUCACUGGAGCUGGGUAAUGCACUACAGAAGUUAAACAAGCCAGGUGAAGCUAUGGCACAUUUCCAGAGAGCAGCUGAGCUUCAAUCACAGAGUCCACUUGAUUGUCUGGUGUCACUUGGUCAUGUUGCUUCCUGUAAGAUUGAAACAAGAGAUUAUGAUGGAGCUCUUGGUGUGUUUACAGAAAUGGCGUACCUGGCACAGGAAAGUGGAGGUUCAAGUGUAACAGGAAAACCUAUAGGAGCAUAUUGUGACAUCCUAGCCAGAUGUGAGAUAACCAGAGUAUUGUUGCUGAUGUUGUUACAGCCAACUCCACAAAGAAUACGACCAGAGCAUGCACAAACACUGGAGAAAUAUGCAUGGGAAUCAUCAGAAGACAAUACUAUAGCACAAUUUUUAGAUGAAGAUGUAUUUCUUAUGCUACAGUCUGUUGUGAUGGCAUGCCAGUCACAUGACAUAGAGGCCCUACAGGCGAUCCAGGUAGAGUUGUGGCCAAUGCUGUCGGCAGAACAGAAUGAGUUGUUACAUCAUGUGAUACAGGAGCUGGCCCAUCCGUCAGGAGAGGGACUGUAACUUCAUCAUGUGAUACAGGAGCUGGCCCAUCCAUCAGGAGAGGGACUGUAACUUCAUCAUUGAUACAGGAGCUGGCCCAUCCAUCAGGAGAGGGACUGUAACUUCAUCAUACUUUAUAUAAAUGUGCAAUAUGUAUACUUUAACUUAAUUCAGUCAUUCCAGGAAAUACUUUUUUUUUUCCAAAAUAGCUAUAUAAAUGUAUAAUGUAAAGAAACAGAUAGUAAGAUGCAACCAUUAUGUUGCUGCCAAGUUAAGUUUAUAUAUCUGUUAGAGCUUAAGUGAAUGUUCAAUGUGAUUAUUUCAAGAUACCUUUAUAUUUUGUUUUCUUGUUUAAAUAGUAAAUUUUGAUUUUGAGUUAAUAUUGGUCAACUAAGACCAGUUUUAAAUCCAUUUCCUAGAUAUUUUUUUAAUUUGGAUAUUUAGGUCCACUUAAAUUUUUAUUGACUUGCCCCACACUGUAAUUGAUUCACAAGGAAUAUUGUUUUCUUUGUGUAAGGAGAUUAUCUAUUACAUCUUAAAGAAAGCUGAUGGUUAUAAUUAAUAAUAAUGUAUGAAUGUGUGUCUGCUGUCUUUCUCC